AUGACAGGGUGUGAGGAGUGCCCUUCAGCAGCCAUGACAACCCUUGAGCGCGUGUACGACCGCAAGAACGCGAGCGACAUGGAGGCGCAGCCCUUCUACACCUGGAUCCGCGACACAUACAUCUGGCACGUGGUCGCCCAGUUUGCGGCGCUCUACGCGCUCGGCGGCCUGGGGGCGGUGGUCUGGGGCGGCGCGCUGCGCAUGUGCUGGGUGUACCACAUCACGUGGUUCGUGAACAGCGCGGCGCACGUGUGGGGCUACCAGACCUACAACACCGGCGACCAGAGCCGCAACAACUGGUGGGUCGGCCUGCUCGCCUUUGGCGAGGGCUGGCACAACAACCACCACGCCUUCGAGUUCAGCGCGCGCCACGGCCUGGAGUGGUGGCAGUUUGACAUGACCUGGCUCACCAUUUGCGCGCUCGAGAAGCUCGGCCUGGCCACCAACAUCAAGCUGCCCACCGAGAAGCAGAAGGCGCGGCUUGCGUUCCCGCAGGCGGCGGCGCAGUGA